AUGCGUUUCUUCUUCGACUUUACUCUCCUCGCUUGCGGGGCUUCACACCUCGUCCACGGCUACGAUGCGUCUCGACACUUGUGGUACGACGAGCCUGGGGCCGACUUCAGUACGGGCCUCGCCAUUGGCAAUGGACGCAUUGGAGCUCUCGUCUAUGGGUCCGAUACCGAGAAAAUCACACUAAAUGAGAAUUCAGUGUGGAGCGGAGAAUUUCAGGACCGUAUAAACAAUGCGUCGCUAGAAGCAUUUCCCAAAGUCAGGGAGUUGAUCGCGGACGGCAAUCUGACCGAUGCUGGUCAGUUGGUCUUGGAGGAUAUGUCGGGGAUUCCAACGACGAACAGAGCAUACAGCGUCACAAAUGAUCUCAUUCUGGACUUUGGUCACUCGGAAGGAGACUGGGAAAAUUACGAGCGCUGGUUGGAUACACUUGACGGAAAUGUAGGAGUGAGUUACGACUAUAAUGGGGUCACAUACAGUCGUGAGGUUAUAGCCCAAUUCCCCAGUGGCGUUGUUGCUGUCAGGCUGAAUGCCAGCCAAGAGGGAGCUCUAAGUGUCAAUGUUGCCCUCUCGCGGAGCCAGGGCGUUUUGUGGCAGGGAGCUUCACUCGACAACAACACCGUCACCAUGGAUGUCGGAGGCGAUGACGCUGGUUCAAUAGCGUUCUCUUCCGGCGUCCGUGUCGUGGCAGAUGGAGAUAUCAACGUAAACGAUUCUUCUCUAGUCGUUACUGGUGCCACUGUAGUCGAUAUCUUCUAUGAUACCGAUACCGAAUUCCAAUGGACCAGCCAAGAGCUGUACAAGGAGUCUGUUACCAACAAGCUUGCGGACGCAGUCUCAGCCGGCUUCGACGAUUUAAAAUCGGAAGCUAUCGCUGAUCAUAGUAAACUUAUCGGACGAGUGGCACUCGAUAUUGGGUCAAGCGGCGAUACGGGUCUAGUUGCUACGGAUGAAAGAAUUCUCAAUUACCAAGAAGAUCCAGACGCCGAUCCUCAGUUUGUCUCGUUGGCGUACCAGUUCGGGAGGCAUCUUCUGGUUGCGGCAUCUCGCGACACUGGUGGUACGCUCCUUGGAGUUCCUGCUAAUUUGCAAGGCAUUUGGAACGACCAAUAUUCUCCGCCUUGGGGAGGCAAAUACACGAUCAAUAUCAACACUGAAAUGAACUACUGGCUCGCCGAACCUACGAAUCUCAUUGAUACACUUCGCCCACUGUGGGACCUGAUGGCGCGAGGCCGUGAGCGAGGAUCAGAAGUCGCGGAGCGCAUGUAUGGCUGCCCUGGAUAUGUCACUCACCACAAUCACGAUAUCUGGGGUGAUGCUGUACCACAUGAUAAUGGAACCGAAUGGACAAUGUGGCCAAUGUCGAACCUAUGGCUAUUGAGUCAUAUGAUGGAACAUUACCGCUUCACAGGCGACCAGGACUUCCUCAAGAACACGGCUUGGGAUCUGUUUUACGAUGCUGCAGCUUUCUGGAAUUGCUAUCUGUUCGAGUUCGACGGCUACACUACCAGCGGGCCCUCGAUAUCCCCCGAAAAUAGUUUCGUCAUCCCCGACAACAUGUCCGUCGCUGGACAGGACGCGUCAAUCGAUUUCUCGCCCACCAUGGACACGUCUCUUCUCCGGGAAUUCCUCACCAACGUCCUCACCAUUGCGUCUGAUCUAGGCAUCUCGACCGCGGAUGACGAUGUCCUGUCAAAUGUUCAAUCUUUACUGGACGGUCUGCGCCCCCCACAGAUUGGCCAAUAUGGCCAGAUUCAAGAAUGGCGAAUCGACUACGAAGAAGCUGCUCCCGAUCAUCGACACAUCUCCCAUCUUUGGGACCUCUUUCCCAACAGCCGCUUCACUCCGCUCGUGAACCAGACCCUGGCCGAUGCCGCGCGCGUGUCCAUCGAGCGACGUCUAGCCGCCGGUGGUGCAGCCACGGGAUGGUCUCGCAGCUGGGUUGCUGCUUGUUACGCGCGCUUGUUCGACGGCGAUCAGUUUUACAAUCAGACGCAACAGCUGUUGCAGGGACAUGUGAUGCCCAACAUGUUGAAUGCCAUUGACGUGGGCAGCACCACGUUCCAGAUCGAUAGUAACUUUGGCGUGGUUGCCGCCAUCACGGAGUCUUUGCUUCAGAGCCACGCGAGUGUUGUGCAUCUGCUUCCAGCUCUGGCUGAUAAGAUCCCCACGGGGUCCGUCACCGGCCUGGUUGCUCGUGGUGGCUUUGAGGUAAGCAUCAGUUGGGAGGAUGGAGCUCUCACACAAGCAACUAUAUACUCGAGGCUUGGCAAUACACUCGCCGUUAGAGUGGCAAGCGGUACCAGUUUCAAGAUUGAUGGAGAAGAAAGUGAGAGUAUCGAGACGACUGCUGGUAGCACCUACACCGUGACUCUUGCCUAA